CGCGCUCGCGCGUAUGUGUGUGAGUGCGUGUCCUGCUCGCUCCAUGUUGCCGCCUCUCCCGGUACCUGCUGCUGCUCCCGGAGCUGCGGGAAAUGCGAGAGGCUGAGCCGGGGAGGAGGAACCCGAGCAGCAGCGGCGGCGGCGGCCGCGGCGGCGGCGGCGGCGGGAGGAGCCCCCCAGGAGGAGGACCGGGAUCCAUGUGUCUUUCCUGGUGACUAGGAUGUCGUCGGAGGAGGACAAGAGCGCGGAGCAGCCGCAGCCGCCGCCACCCCCCCCCGAGGAGCCCGGAGCCCCGGCCCCGAGCCCCGCAGCCGCAGACAAAAGACCUCGGGGCCGGCCUCGCAAAGAUGGCGCUUCCCCUUUCCAGAGAGCCAGAAAGAAGCCUCGAAGUAGAGGAAAAAGUACAGUGGAAGAUGAGGACAGCAUGGAUGGGCUGGAGACAACAGAAACAGAAAAUACUGUGGAAACAGCAGAAAUCAAAGAACAAUCAGCAGAAGAGGAUGCUGAAGCAGAAGUGGACAGCAGCAAGCAGCCAGUCCCAGACUUUCAGCGUUCUGUGUCUGAGGAAUCUGCAACCUCCCUGGUCUCUGUUGGUAUAGAAGCCAAAAUCAGUGAACAGCUCUGCGCUUUUUGUUACUGUGGUGAAAAAAGCUCCUUAGGACAAGGAGACUUAAAACAAUUUAGAGUAACGCCUGGAUUUAUUUUGCCAUGGAAAAACCAACCUUCUAACAAGAAGGACGUUGAUGACAACAGCAGUGGAACUUGUGAGAAAAUACAAAACUCAACACCACGGAAACAAAGAGGACAGAGAAAGGAACGGUCUCCUCAGCAGAAUAUAGUAUCUUGUGUAAGUGUAAGCACGCAGACUGCUUCAGAUGAUCAGGCUGGUAAAUUAUGGGAUGAACUCAGUCUGGUUGGCCUUCCAGAUGCCAUUGAUGUCCAAGCCUUAUUUGACCCUACAGGCACGUGUUGGGCUCAUCACCGUUGUGUGGAAUGGUCACUGAGGGUGUGCCAGAUGGAAGAACCGUUGUUAGUGAACGUGGACAGAGCUGUUGUCUCAGGGAGCACAGAACGAUGUGCAUUUUGUAAGCACCUUGGAGCCACUAUCAAAUGCUGUGAAGAGAAGUGUACCCAGAUGUACCAUUACCCUUGUGCUGCUGGAGCCGGCACCUUUCAGGAUUUCAGUCACUUCUUCCUUCUUUGUCCAGAGCACAUUGACCAAGCUCCUGAAAGAUCAAAGGAAGAUGCAAACUGUGCAGUGUGCGACAGCCCGGGAGACCUCUUAGAUCAGUUCUUUUGUACUACUUGUGGUCAGCACUAUCAUGGAAUGUGCCUGGAUAUAGCGGUUACUCCAUUAAAACGUGCAGGUUGGCAAUGUCCUGAGUGCAAAGUGUGCCAGAACUGCAAACAAUCGGGAGAAGAUAGCAAGAUGCUAGUGUGUGAUACGUGUGACAAAGGGUAUCAUACUUUUUGUCUUCAACCAGUUAUGAAAUCAGUACCAACCAAUGGCUGGAAAUGCAAAAAUUGCAGAAUAUGUGUAGAGUGUGGCACACGAUCUAGUUCUCAGUGGCACCACAAUUGCCUGGUAUGUGACAGUUGUUACCAACAGCAGGAUAACUUAUGUCCUUUCUGUGGGAAGUGCUACCAUCCGGAAUUGCAGAAAGACAUGCUUCAUUGUAAUAUGUGCAAAAGAUGGGUUCACUUAGAAUGUGAUAAACCGACGGAUCAUGAACUGGAUUCUCAGCUCAAAGAAGAGUACAUCUGUAUGUAUUGCAGACACUUAGCUGAGAUGGAUCCAUUACAGCCAGGUGAUGAAGUGGAGAUGGCUGAACUCACUACAGAUUGUAACAAUGAAAUGGAAGUUGAAGGCCCUGAGGACCACAUGGUGUUUCUGGAGCAAGCAGUUAAUAAAGAUGUCGGUGGUCAGCAGCCCGCACCUGGAAUUGUUCCAGAUGCAGCUCACAUCCGUACCGGAGAGCAGCAGAGGAGUGACCCACCCGAAAGUCGUGGCACGCGUGGACUUCUCAUUGCUGAAUCAUCCCAAGAUAAAAUGAAUCCUGAACUGGAAAAUCAGAUUUCUCGAGAAGUUGAUAGUGAAGAAAUGGAAAUGCCUCCUAAAGUGGUACACACUUGCAGUGCAGAUCAAAACGAGAACAAAAUGGAAGUGACAGACGGCGCCGAAGCCCUUGCCCCCCAGGUCGCGGUGCAGCCGGGGGAAGUGCACUUGUUGGGGGGACCGAACGUGGCGGCGUCCCCAGAAGAAUCCCGGCCUCCAGGGGUCAACAGUGAAUCUGUCACUGUCCCGUCCCCGGGUGGGGAAGGUACGGCUUUAUGUUCUAAGGCACAGUUGGCCAUAGAAGGGGUACCAGAAGAAAUGGAACAGAAAGAAAAUCCUGAACCUUCUACCGCAUUUAUGGACUUCGAAGUGGCUCCUGCAAUUGAGAGUUGUGUGAAAGAUGGUGUAUGCCAAGAAAGCAAAUCUGUAAAAUUACCAUCUGAGACGGAGUCGUCAUUUUCAUCAGCAGCGGGCAUAAGCAAGGCAAAUGCGUCCUCCUCUCCAGCACUUUCUUCCGACUUGCCUUCCCACGACAUGUUGCAUAGUUACCCGUCGACUCCCAGUGCUUCUGCUGGAAACAUCAUGCCAACAACUUACAUCUCCGUCACCCCCAAAAUUGGCAUGGGUAAACCAGCUAUUACCAAAAGGAAAUUUUCUCCUGGUAGACCUCGGUCCAGACAGGGGGCUUGGAGUACCCAUAAUACAGUGAGCCCACCUUCCUGGUCCCCAGACAUUUCAGAAGGCCGGGAAAUUUUUAAACCCAGGCAGCUUCCUGGCAGUGCCAUUUGGAGCAUCAAAGUGGGCCGGGGGUCAGGAUUUCCAGGAAAGCGGAGACCUCGUGGUGCGGGACUGUCAGGACGAGGCGGCAGAGGCAGAUCAAAGUUGAAAAGUGGAAUCGGGGCAGUUGUGUUACCCGGGGUGUCUGCUGCAGAUAUUUCAUCAAAUAAGGAUGAAGAAGAAAACUCUAUGCACAAUACAGUUGUGUUGUUUUCUAGCAGUGACAAGUUCACUUUGCAUCAGGAUAUGUGUGUAGUUUGUGGCAGUUUUGGCCAAGGAGCAGAGGGAAGAUUACUUGCCUGUUCUCAGUGUGGUCAGUGUUACCAUCCAUACUGCGUCAGUAUUAAGAUCACUAAAGUGGUUCUGAGCAAGGGUUGGAGGUGUCUGGAGUGCACUGUGUGUGAGGCCUGUGGGAAGGCGACAGACCCAGGAAGACUCCUGCUGUGCGACGACUGUGACAUAAGUUAUCACACCUACUGCUUGGACCCGCCACUGCAGACAGUGCCCAAAGGAGGGUGGAAGUGCAAAUGGUGUGUGUGGUGCAGACACUGUGGAGCCGCAUCUGCAGGCCUGAGAGGUGAAUGGCAGAACAACUACACGCAGUGUGCCCCCUGCGCAAGCUUGUCCUCCUGCCCCGCCUGCUGCCGCAGCUACAGAGAGGAAGACCUUAUUCUGCAGUGCAGACAGUGUGAUAGAUGGAUGCAUGCAGUUUGUCAGAACUUAAAUACUGAAGAGGAAGUGGAAAAUGUAGCAGACAUUGGUUUUGACUGUAGCAUGUGCAGACCCUAUAUGCCUACAUCAAAUGUGCCUUCCUCAGACUGCUGUGAAUCUUCACUUGUAGCACAAAUUGUCACAAAAGUGAAAGAGCUAGAUCCACCCAAGACCUACACCCAGGAUGGUGUAUGUUUGACUGAAUCAGGGAUGACUCAGUUACAGAGCCUCACAGUUACUGUUCCAAGAAGAAAACGGUCAAAACCAAAGUUGAAGUUGAAGAUCAUAAAUCAGAAUAGCGUGGCCGUCCUUCAGACCCCUCCAGACAUCCAAUCAGAGCAUUCAAGGGAUGGUGAAAUGGAUGAUAGUCGAGAAGGAGAACUUAUGGAUUGUGAUGGAAAAUCAGAAUCUAGUCCUGAACGGGAAGCUGUGGAUGAUGAAACUAAGGGAGUAGAAGGAACAGAGGGUGUCAAAAAGAGAAAAAGGAAACCAUACAGACCAGGUAUUGGUGGAUUUAUGGUACGACAAAGAAGUCGAACUGGGCAAGGAAAAACCAAAAGAUCUGUGAUCAGAAAAGAUUCCUCAGGCUCCAUUUCUGAGCAGUUACCUAGCAGAGAUGAUGGCUGGAGUGAGCAGUUACCAGAUACUCUAGUUGAUGAAUCUGUUUCUGUCACUGAAAACACUGAAAAAACAAAGAAGAGAUACCGAAAACGGAAAAAUAAGCUUGAAGAAAUUUUCCCUGCCUAUUUACAAGAAGCUUUCUUUGGAAAAGAUCUUCUAGAUACAACUAGACAAAACAAACUAAGUUUAGAUAAUCUAUCAGAAGAUACAGCUCAGCUUUCUUACAAAACAAACAUGAACCCAAAUUUCUUGGAUCCUUCCUUAGAUCCACUACUUAGUUCAUCCUCAACUCCAGCAAAACCUGGAACACACGGUACUGCUGAUGAUCCCUUAGCCGACAUUUCUGAAGUCUUAAACACAGAUGAUGACAUUCUUGGAAUAAUUUCAGAUGACCUUGCAAAAUCAGUUGAUCAUUCAGGUCUUGAUUUAUGCACUUUCCAGGUUGAGAGCUCAUCUUGUCCAUUUGCUGGAAUAGACGUUGGUGCCGGCACUGAUGACCCUUCCUCUUUGCCUCAGCCAAGUGUCAAUCAGAGUUCACGACCAUUAAGUGAAGAGCAGCUCGAUGGCAUCCUCAGCCCUGAACUAGACAAAAUGGUCACAGAUGGUAAAAUAUUUGCCCUACAUCUAGGCUUUCUAAAAGACAUGAGAGCAAUUCUUGGGAAGUUAUAUAAAAUUCCAGAGCUUGGAGGAAAGGAUGUGGAGGACUUGUUUACCGCUGUGCUCAGUCCUGCAGCCACGCAGCCAGCUUCCAUACCACAGCCUCCUGUGCCUCCGCUGCUGCCCACGCACACUCAGGGUAUGUCGCCUCUCGGAAAGCGUCAUGUUUUUUCACGGAUGCCACUCAUGAACGGCCUUAUUGGACCCAGUCCUCAUCUCGCACAUAAUUCUUUGCCUCCUGGAAGUGGACUGGGAACUUUCUCUGCUGUAGCGCAGUCCCCCUACACUGAUGCCAGGGAUAAAAAUCCAGCAUUUAAUCCAAUGGCAAGUGACCCUAACGGCUCUUGGACAUCAUCAGCCCCCACUAUGGAAGGAGAAAAUGAUACAAUGUCAAAUGCCCAGAGAAGCACCCUCAAGUGGGAGAAAGAGGAGGCCCUGGGUGAAAUGGCAACGGUAGCACCAGUCCUCUACACAAACAUUAAUUUCCCCAACCUGAAGGAAGAGUUCCCAGACUGGACUACUAGAGUGAAGCAAAUUGCCAAGCUGUGGAGAAAAGCAAGCUCGCAGGAAAGAGCACCAUACGUGCAAAAAGCCAGAGAUAACAGAGCUGCUUUACGCAUUAAUAAAGUACAGAUGUCAAAUGAUUCCAUGAAAAGGCAGCAACAGCAAGACAGCAUCGAUCCCAGCUCUCGUGUUGAUUCAGAUCUUUUUAAAGAUCCACUAAAGCAAAGAGAAUCGGAACAUGAACAGGAAUGGAAAUUCAGACAGCAAAUGCGCCAGAAAAGCAAGCAGCAGGCCAAGAUCGAGGCCACGCAGAAGCUGGAGCAGGCGAAGAACGAGCAGCAGCAGCUCGGCUCUCAGCCUCUGCUGGGGCGCUCUGGCUCGGACACGCCGACCGGUGGGGUCCAGAGCCCCUUGACCCCGCAGCCUGGCAACGGGAGUAUGUCUCCGGCACCGUCCUUCCAUAAAGACCUGUUUGCGAAGCAGCUGCCUGGCGCCCCCACGUCCGCGCCAUCAGAUGACGUGUUUGUAAAACCGCACGCUCCACCUCCUCCCCCAGCGCCGUCCCGCAUCUCCAUCCCGGAGAGUCUGCCGCAGGCUCAGACUCCUCAGCCGCCUUCCCCACAGAUGUUUUCCCCUGGAUCUUCUAACUCCCGGCCGCCAUCUCCAGUGGAUCCUUAUGCGAAAAUGGUUGGUACCCCAAGACCACCUCCUGGGGGCCAUGGUUUUUCCAGAAGAAAUUCUGCACUCGUGGAAAACUGUGCACCUUUAUCAUCCGUAUCGAGGCCCACUCAGAUGAGCGAGACAACAGCAAAUAGGCCAUCCCCAGUCAGAGAUUUAUGUUCUUCCUCCACGGCAAGUAGUGACCCCUAUGCAAAGCCUCCAGACACACCUAGGCCUGUGAUGACAGAUCCAUUUCCCAAACCCUUAGGCCUACCCCGGUCUCCUGUAGUUUCUGAACAAACUGCGAAAGGUCCUCUAGCGUCUGGAACCAAUGACCACUUUGCUAAACCAUCUCCUAGGGCAGAUGCGUUUCAAAGACAACGGAUACCUGACCCAUAUGCUCGACCCUUGUUGACACCGGCACCUCUUGAUAGUGGUCCCGGACCUUUUAAAGCUCCAAUGCAGCCGCCCCCAUCCUCCCAGGACCCUUAUGGAUCAGUGUCCCAGGCACCAAGGCGAUUGUCUGUCGACCCUUAUGAGAGGCCUGCUUUGACACCACGACCUGUAGAUAACUUUUCUCAUAACCAGUCAAGUGAUCCAUAUAGCCAGUCUCCCAUCACCCCGCAUCCGGCAAUGAAUGAAUCUUUUGCUCAUCCUUCAAGGGCUUUUUCCCAGCCUGGAACCAUAUCAAGGCCAACAUCUCAGGACCCGUACUCCCAACCUCCGGGAACUCCACGUCCUGUUGUAGAUUCCUAUUCCCAACCCCCAGGAACAUCUCGCUCCAAUCCAGACCCCUAUUCUCAACCUCCUGGAACUCCCCGGCCCACCGUUGAUCCGUAUAGUCAGCAGCCACCGACCCCGAGGCCGUCUGCGCAGGCAGACCUGUUUGUCACGUCUGCAGCUAAUCAGAGACGCUCUGAUCCCCGCGGUCACCCGCCUGGGACACCGAGACCGGGAGUCUCUGUUCCUUACCCUCAGCCACCAGCAGUGCCGAGGCCAAGGAUUUCAGAGGGUUUUGCCAGGUCCUCAGCGACAAGACCGGUCCUCGCGCCGAGUCAGGACCCUUUCCUGCAGGCAGCACAAAAUCGAGGAGCAGCCUUACCUGGCCCUUUGGUAAGGCCACCUGAUGCGUGUUCCCAAACACCCAGGCCACCGGGACCUGGCCUUUCAGACACUUUUAGCCGUGUCUCCCCGUCUGCCCCUCGUGACCCCUAUGAGCAGCCUCCCAUGACUCAGAGACCUCAGUCUGACUCUUUCGGAACAAGUCAGGUUGCCCAUGAUGUCGCUGAGCAGCCACGGCCUAGAUCAGAGGGGAGCUUCAGUGCACCUUCCAGCUCACCCAUGAAUUCUCAAGGCCAGCAGUUCUCUGGUGUGUCCCAGCUUCCCGGACCUGUACCGACCUCAGGAGUCACCGAUACACAGAGCACUGUAAACAUGUCUCAAGCAGAUACAGAGAAACUGAGACAGCGACAGAAGUUACGUGAAAUCAUCCUCCAGCAGCAACAGCAGAAGAAGCUGGCAGGUCGACAGGAGAAAGGGUCACAGGACCCAGGACCAGUGCCUCAUCCGGGGCCCCUGCAGCACUGGCAGCCGGAGAGUGUCAGCCAGGCUUUUACUAGGCCUCCACCCCCCUAUCCUGGGAGCAUCAGGUCUCCCAUUGGCCCUCCUCUAGGACCUAGAUAUGCUGUUUUCCCAAAAGAUCCGCGUGGACCCUAUACUCCUGAUGUUACUGGUAUGGGGAUGAGACCUCAUGGAUUUAGAUUUGGAUUUCCAGGAGGUAGUCACGGUACCUUGUCAAGUCAGGAACGCUUCCUUGUACCUCCUCAACAAAUACAAGGAUCUGGAUUUCCUCCACAGCUGAGAAGAUCUAUGUCUGUAGAUAUGCCCAGGCCUUUAAAUAACUCGCAAACGAAUAAUCCAGGUGGACUUCCUCCACAUUUUUCACCACAGAGCCUGUCAGUUCAGCAGCAUAACAUACUGGGCCAAGCAUUUAUUGAAUUGAGGCACAGGACCCCUGAUGGAAGGCCUCGGAUGCCGUUCCCUGCUUCUCCUGGCAACGUUAUAGAGGCACCUUCUCAUCCAAGACAUGGAAACUUCAUUCCCCGGCCAGACUUUCCAGGCCCUAGGCACACAGACCCCAUGAGACGACCUUCCCAAGGUCUCCCUCAUCAGCUGCCUGUGCAUCCAAAUUUGGAACAAGUGCCACCAUCUCAGCAAGAGCAAAGCCACCCUGUCCAUUCAUCUUCUGUGGUCAUGAGGUCUCUGAGCCACUCCUUAGGUGGUGAGUUUUCAGAGGCCCCUUUGUCAACAUCUGCACCAGCUGAAACAACAUCUGAUAAUUUACAGAUAACCACCCAGUCUUCUGGUGGGCUUGAAGAAAAGCUUGAUUCUGAUGACCCAUCUGUCAAAGAACUAGAUGUUAAAGACCUCGAGGGGGUUGAAGUCAAAGACUUAGAUGAUGAAGAUCUUGAAAAUUUAAAUCUAGAUACAGAGGAUGGCAAGGGAGAUGAAUUGGAUACUUUAGGUAAUUUGGAAACUAAUGAUCCCAACCUGGAUGACCUCUUAAGGUCAGGAGAAUUUGAUAUCAUUGCAUAUACAGAUCCAGAACUUGACCUGGGAGAUAAGAAAAGCAUGUUUAACGAGGAACUAGACCUUAAUGUUCCAAUUGAUGAUAAGUUAGAUAAUCAGUGUGUAUCUGUUGAACCCCCAAAAAAGGAGCAAGAUGACAAAAGUAUGGUUCCUUCUGAUAAACAUUCUUCUUGGAAAAAAUCCACUGUCAGCAGUGAGAUUAAAACAGAAGUACUGUCUCCAGAUUCUAAAGGGGAAACCAAAUGUGAAAGUGAGAAAAGUGAUGAGGGUAAAGAUACUGUUGACGCUGCCUGCCCACAGGACCCUGCUCAUACAGACGGGAACGAUGGGGAACAAGCUUCUUUGCAGUCCUGUGAUGCAGAUCUACUUGAGAAAAGAACUAAUCGCGAAACGGCUGGCUCCAACACAGGUGUUCGUGGGUCCACUCAGCUGCCUGCUGAAGAUGUGAUAAACUCUUGUAGCAUACCUGGAUCAACUCCAGUUCUCUCAAGUUUACUUGCUAAUGAAAAAUCUGAUAAUUCAGACGUUAGGCCAUUGGGGUCUCCACCACCAACUUUGCCAGCCUCACCGUCCAGUCAUGUGUCAAGUUUGCCUCCCCCUCUAAUGACGCCGCCUGGUCAUGCUUUGGAUAAUACGUUGAAUUCUGAUGUGACAGUAGUCCCUAGAUUAAACCAUACUUUCCCUCAGGGUGUGCAGGCAAGUCCAGGAUUCAUUCAGGGUCAGCCAACAGUGCAUCGCGGUUUUGGAACCGCAAAGCCUGUGAAUCAGACUGUGCCUCUGACAAGUCAGUCUGCCCCCAGUGGCGUGUCUGGGCCCCAGCAGCUGAUGGUCCCUCAGACGGCCGCCCAGCAGAAUAGAGAGAGGCCCCUCCUUCUGGAGGAGCAGCCUCUACUUCUGCAGGACCUUUUGGAUCAAGAGAGACAAGAACAGCAACAGCAAAGACAGAUGCAAGCCAUGAUCCGUCAGCGGUCUGAACCGUUCUUCCCUAAUAUCGAUUUUGAUGCAAUUACAGAUCCUAUAAUGAAAGCCAAAAUGGUGGCCCUUAAAGGCAUAAAUAAAGUAAUGGCACAAAACAAUAUGGGCAUGCCACCAAUGGUUAUGAACAGGUUCCCCUUUAUGGGCCAGUCAGUGACUGGAACACAGACUGGUGAUGGCCAGACUCUCCUUCCACAGGCAGUUACUCAGGAUGGCAGUAUAACACAUCAGAUUUCUAGGCCUAAUCCUCCAAAUUUUGGUCCAGGCUUUGUCAAUGAUUCACAACGUAAACAGUAUGAAGAAUGGCUUCAGGAGACGCAACAGCUUCUUCAGAUGCAGCAGAAAUAUCUUGAAGAACAAAUCGGUGCACACAGGAAAUCCAAGAAGGCCCUUUCAGCUAAACAACGUACCGCCAAGAAAGCUGGGCGUGAGUUUCCAGAAGAGGAUGCAGAGCAGCUCAAGCACGUCACUGAACAGCAAAGCAUGGUUCAGAAGCAGCUAGAACAGAUUCGUAAACAGCAGAAGGAGCAUGCCGAGUUGAUUGAAGAUUAUCGGAUCAAGCAGCAACAGCAGCAGCAGUGUGCCCCGGCCCCGCCCACUGCGAUGCCCGGUGUCCAGCCCCAGCUGCCGCUGGUUCCCGGUGUGCCCCCGCCCGCCAUGAGCCAGCCCGGCUUCCCCAUGGCGCCACUGCGGCUGCAGCACCAGCGGCACACCACGGUCAUUUCCGGCCGCACGACGAGCCCUGCUAGGACGCCCGGUUUACCUGGGUGGCAGCCCCCCGGCGCUCCUCACCACCCCCUCGAUCCUCCUGGGGUUCAGCCCCCAGUUGCCCAGUUACCGGUGAAAACUUGCCCACCAGCCCCAGGGCCAGUGUCAAAUGCAAAGCCACAGAGCGGACCACCGCCACGGGUGGAAUUCGAUGACAAUAACCCCUUUAGUGAAAGUUUUCAAGAACGGGAACGUAAGGAACGUUUACGAGAACAGCAGGAAAGACAGCGAAUCCAGCUCAUGCAAGAAGUAGACAGACAGAGAGCUCUGCAGCAGAGGAUGGAAAUGGAGCAGCACGGCUUGAUGGGCUCAGAGCUAAGCAGCAGGACACCCGUGUCCCAGAUUCCAUUCUACACCUCUGACCUGCCUUGUGAUUUUACGCAACCUCCAAGACCCCUUCAGCAGCCUCCGCAGCAGCCACAGCACGCGGGGCCGGUCUUACAGCAGCAGAACAUACAGCAAGGGUCUGUCGAUUCACCGCCCACCCCAAACUUCAUGCAAACCAGCGAGCGAAGGCAGAUGGGACCUCCCUCGUUUGUUCCUGACUCACCAUCCAUUCCUGGUGGAAGCCCAAAUUUCCAUUCUGUGAAGCCGGUACUUGGAGGCGUGCCUGGGGCCGGCUUCCAGCAGUCCCCGGUGAGGCCUCCUUUUACACCCGCUCUACCUGCGGCACCUCCGGUGGCUAAUAGCAGUCUCCCCUGUGGCCAAGACCCGGCUGUAAGCCGUGGACAGAGUUACCCAGGAUCAGCCCCGUCUCUCAUUCAGCUGUAUUCUGAUAUCAUCCCAGAAGAGAAAGGGAAAAAGAAGAGAACAAGAAAGAAGAAGAAAGACGACGAUGCGGAAUCUACCAAGGCACCUUCUACUCCCCAUUCGGAUGUAGCUGCUCCACCAACCCCGGGUGUCUCGGAAGCCACCUCUGCCCCCGCAGCGAACACACCUGGAGAGCUCCCUCGGCAAGGAGAGCCCGAGCCAGUGGAACCGGGCGGCCCAUCACCUGACCCGGCAGCGGGCCCGCUGUGCACAGAACCGGAGAACGAACUGCCCAGCGGUGACUUUGCACGAGGAACCCCAGGUCAACAGACCUGUGCGAGUUCAGAGGUGGAUAAGCGCCCCAUCGACGCCCCUGCCCCAACUGGGGAGGUGAAACUGGAGCCAGCUGAGCCGGAGCAGCGCCCGGGCCCAGAUGGGCCUGAACUGGAGGAGCGCCCCGGGGACCGGGCCGAAGAAGGGGCUGUGGCCUGCGCUGCCUGCCCGGGGCCGAGCCCUCCCCGACCUGCCGGCACCCCUGCCGCCCAAGGAGAUUCAGGCAAUGAGCUUCUGAAGCACCUGCUGAAAAAUAAAAAGGCAUCUUCCCUUUUAAAUCAAAAACCGGAAGGGAGUUUUUGUUCAGAAGACGACGGUACGAAGGAUAACAAACUGGUUGAGAGGCAGAACCCAGCUGACGUGCAAACUUUGGGGGCUCAAGUGCAAGGUGGUUUUGGAUGUGGCAACAGCCAGUUGCCAAAAACAGAUGGAGGAAGUGAAACCAAGAAACAGCGAAGCAAAAGGACUCAGAGGACCGGAGAGAAGGCAGCACCUCGGUCGAAGAAAAGGAAAAAGGAAGAAGAGGAGAAACAAGCGAUGUUCUCUACCACUGACACCUUUACCCACCUGAAGCAGCAGCUCUCUCUGCUCCCUCUAAUGGAACCAGUCAUUGGAGUGAACUUUGCCCACUUUCUUCCUUACGGCAGUGGCCAGUUUAAUAGUGGGAAUCGACUUCUAGGAACUUUUGGCAGUGCUACCCUUGAAGGGGUUUCGGAUUACUAUUCUCAGUUGAUCUACAAGAAUAAUUUAAGUAAUCCUCCAACACCCCCUGCCUCUCUUCCUCCUACACCACCUCCUAUGGCUUGUCCGAAGAUGGCAAAUGGUUUUGCAACAACUGAAGAACUUGCUGGAAAAGCUGGAGUAUUAGUGAGCCAUGAAGUCACCAAAAGCCUAGGACCUAAGCCAUUUCACCUGCCAUUCAGACCACACGAUGACUUGUUGGCCAGAGCGAUUGCUCAAGGCCCAAAGACAGUGGACGUUCCUGCUUCACUCCCAACACCGCCUCAUAAUAAUCAGGAGGAAUUAAGGAUACAGGACCAUGGGGGCGACCGGGAUACCCCUGACAGUGUUGUGCCCUCAUCCUCUCCUGAGAGCGUGGUCGGCGUGGAGGUGCGCAGGUACCCAGACCUGUCCCUGGUCAAAGAGGAGCCUCCGGAGCCCGUGCCGUCCCCCGUCAUCCCGCUCCUCCCGAGCAGCGCCGGGAAAGGGUUGGAGUCUAGAAGGAAUGACAUCAAAACUGAGCCGGGCACUUUAUUUUUCACGUCACCUUUUGGUUCAUCCCCGAAUGGCCCCCGAUCGGGUCUCAUAUCUGUGGCAAUCACUCUGCAUCCUACAGCUGCUGAGAACAUUAGCAGUGUUGUGGCUGCAUUUUCCGACCUCCUCCACGUUCGGAUUCCUAACAGCUACGAGGUUAGUAAUGCUCCAGAUGUUCCAUCCGUGGGUUUGGUCAGUAGCCACAGAGUAAACCCAGGUUUGGAGUAUCGACAGCGUUUAUUUCUUCGUGGGCCUCCACCAGGAUCUGCAAACCCUCCCAGACUAGCCAGCUCUUACCACCUGAAGCAGCCUACUGUGCCCUUCCCUCCAGCAAGCAAUGGCCUUUCUGGGUGCACGGGCACUAGUCACGGUGUCACAGAGAGUGCGGCUCUCAGGCCACAGUGGUGCUGCCACUGUCACGUCGUCGUUCUGGGCCACGGUGUGAGGAAGCCGGCCAGAGACGCGGCCUUCGUGAGCAAGGGGUCCCGAGACAGCUCCAGCAGAGCGGAGAAGGACAUCGUCUUCUGUAGUAAUAACUGCUUUAUUCUCUAUUCAUCAGCUGCACAAGCAAAAACCUCAGAAAGCAAGGAAUCCGUUCCUUCAUUGCCACACUCGCCUAUAAAAGAGACGCCUUGCAGAGCAUUUCAUCAGUACAGUAACAACAUCUCCACUUUAGAUGUGCACUGUCUGCCGCAGCUCCAGGAGAAAGCUUCGCCCCCAGCGUCACCGCCCAUCACUUUCCCUCCUGCUUUUGAAGCAGCCAAAGUGGAGGCAAAGCCAGAUGAGCUUAAGGUAACGGUCAAGUUAAAGCCUCGGCUAAGAACUGUCCACGGUGGGUUUGAAGACUGCAGGCCGAUCACUAAAAAGUGGAGAGGGAUGAAGUGGAAGAAGUGGAGCAUCCACGUCGUGAUCCCCAAGGGGACCUUCAGACCCCCCUGUGAAGAUGAAAUUGAUGAGUUUCUGAAGAAACUGGGCACUUCCCUGAAACCCGAUCCCGUGCCCAAGGACUAUCGGAAGUGUUGCUUCUGUCACGAAGAAGGCGAUGGGUUGACAGAUGGACCAGCGAGGCUGCUCAACCUCGACUUGGACCUGUGGGUCCACUUGAACUGUGCCCUGUGGUCCACGGAGGUGUAUGAGACCCAGGCUGGUGCCUUAAUAAACGUGGAGCUAGCCCUGAGGAGAGGCCUGCAGAUGAAAUGUGUCUUCUGCCAUAAGAUGGGGGCCACCAGCGGGUGUCACAGAUUUCGAUGCACCAACAUUUAUCACUUUACUUGCGCCAUUAAAGCACAAUGCAUGUUUUUUAAAGAUAAAACUAUGCUUUGUCCCAUGCACAAACCAAAGGGAAUUCACGAGCAGGAAUUAAGUUACUUUGCCGUCUUCAGGAGGGUCUACGUGCAGCGUGACGAGGUGCGACAGAUCGCCAGCAUCGUGCAGCGGGGAGAGCGUGACCACACCUUCCGUGUGGGAAGCCUCAUCUUCCACACGAUCGGCCAGCUGCUUCCACAGCAGAUGCAAGCGUUCCACUCUCCCAAAGCGCUCUUCCCCGUGGGCUACGAAGCCAGCCGGCUGUACUGGAGCACGCGCUACGCCAACCGCCGCUGUCGCUACCUGUGCUCCAUCGAGGAGAAGGACGGGCGCCCCAUGUUCGUCAUCAGAAUCGUGGAGCAAGGCCACGAAGAUCUCGUCUUAAGUGACACCUCACCCAAAGGUGUUUGGGAUAAGAUUUUGGAGCCUGUGGCACGUGUGAGAAAAGAGUCGGAAAUGCUGCAGCUCUUCCCAGCCUACUUAAAAGGGGAGGAUCUCUUCGGCUUGACCGUCUCUGCGGUGGCGCGGAUCGCGGAAUCACUCCCUGGGGUUGAGGCGUGUGAAAACUACACCUUCCGGUAUGGCCGGAACCCUCUCAUGGAGCUGCCCCUGGCCGCCAACCCCACAGGCUGUGCCCGCUCUGAACCUAAAAUGAGUGCCCAUGUCAAGAGGUUUGUGUUAAGGCCUCACACCCUGAACAGCACCAGUGCCUCCAAGUCGUUUCAGAGCACGGUCACCGGGGAGCUGAGCGCACCUUACAGCAAGCAGUUCGUCCACUCCAAGUCGUCCCAGUACCGCAAGAUGAAAACCGAGUGGAAGUCCAAUGUGUACCUGGCCCGGUCUCGGAUUCAGGGGCUGGGCCUGUACGCCGCUCGGGACAUCGAGAAGCACACCAUGGUCAUCGAGUACAUCGGGACCAUCAUCCGGAACGAGGUCGCCAACAGAAAGGAGAAGCUUUACGAGUCCCAGAACCGAGGCGUGUACAUGUUCCGCAUGGACAACGACCACGUGAUCGAUGCCACGCUCACGGGAGGGCCUGC